AUGGGGCAGCCGCACUUCUCGAGACCGGUCAAUCCAGCUGCUUUCGCUGAAGAGGUGGAUCACACCCCAACCGAUGCCGGCAUGGGGGUAGAUGUUUUGGAAUCGGGUGACACCACACCUCCUACGAAGAGGAAAAGCAAGUUCUCAAGCUUUGGCAAGAUCUUUAAGCCCUGGAAGUGGAGGAAAAAGAAAAGCAGUGACAAAUUUAAGGAGACCUCAGAAGUUUUAGAACGAAAGAUCUCUAUGCGAAAGCCAAGAGAGGAGCUGGUAAAAAGAGGGGUUCUGUUGGAAGACCCUGAGCAGGAUGGGGAAGAACCAGACAAGCUGAACCCGCCCGCACUGAAGAAUGGCCACACAGUCCCGAUCGGUGGUCCUGGGGUUUGUAACCAAGAGGAGGAGGCCACAAAGCCAUCCAGCCUUAGGAAGCCUGUUCCAGCUGAGGAACCAAAGAAAAGGCAGGGCUCCUCCAGCAGCCACUCGGGACCCGAACUGGAACCACCUCAGGAGCUCUAUGUUCCCAGGCAGCCUCUGCUUCCUCCAAAAAGACCUCCUUCCACAUCCCAAGAGGCAAAUGAAGCACAGGCGAAGGACCCAGCACCUGCCCCCUCCACCACAGCCCUUCCUGCAGCAAAGACAGUCAAUCCCACUGCUGCCCCUUCCCCAGCCCCCAGGACUCUGCCCCCUGCUCUCACCAGUGCCAACACUACUGCUCCCACGAGUACAACCAGCACAGCUCCUGCCAAACAGCCACCCGUCCCCCCUCCCAAACCUGUCAACAGGAACAGCAACUCGGUAAUAGCUGAGCUUUCUCAAGCAAUGAACAGUGGUACAAGCUUGUCUAAGCCUUCCCCGCCUCUCCCACCGAAGAGAGGCCUCCUCCCUGCACUGCCCCCGAUGCACGUCACCUCUGCCUACCCCCCCCCCUCCCCUUCACCCCCACUGCCCACACACGUACCCCCUGAACCUCCACGUAUGCCCCUGCCUGCCUCCACCCCUGUGUUGGACCCUCCGCGCUCCCUGGACCUACCCAAAGAGACUCCUCCUCCUCCUCCUGAAGAGUUCAGGUCCUUGGAAGCAGCGAAGAGGACGGCAGAGCAGGGGUUUGGUGACCCUCACAUGCUGCCUCGCCUGCCCCAAAUCCCGCUGCACAUCCGUAUCCAGCAGGCUCUGGCCAGCCCUCUGCCCGUCACCCCACCUGCAGAGGGCUCACACAGGGCUCACUCGUUGCUCUUUGAGAAUGAUGGCUUUGGAGAAGACAAUGGCACCCUGGGCAGGACGAGGUCCCUGCCUGUCACCAUCGAGAUGCUGAAAGUUCCAGACGAUGAGGAAGAGGAAGAAGAUGACCAGGAAGAGGAGCAGAAUUUGGGUCCUCGUGUGUAUAUUGGAGAUGUGCCAUCUGUCACAGUCAUCCCCAAACUGGUACCCCAGGUUCUGCCAGAGGAGCAGGAAGAAGAUGAAGGGAUGAGCGACUCUGACUCGGAGGGGCCCAUCCUGUACAAAGAUGAUGAGGAUGAGGAAGAAGAUGAAAGCCAUAACAGCACGCUGGCUAACAAAGUGAAGAGGAAAGACACGCUGGCUAUAAAGCUGGGGAACACAACCACACCACAGGAGGAGAAGCUUGAGAGCAAGGAGGAGUGGAAUGAAAUCCGGCACCAGAUUGGGACGACGCUGAUCAGGCGACUAAGUCAGAGACCGACCGCGGAGGAACUGGAGCAGAGGAACAUACUUCAACCGAAGAAUGAAGCUGACCGUCAGGCUGAGAAGCGGGAGAUCAAGCGCAGGCUCACCAGAAAGCUUAGCCAAAGGCCUACAGUGGCAGAGCUGCAGGCCAGGAAGAUCCUGAGGUUUAAUGAAUAUGUGGAAGUAACAGAUGCUCAAGACUAUGACCGGCGAGCAGAUAAGCCAUGGACAAAGCUAACGCCAGCCGACAAGGCUGCCAUCAGGAAGGAGCUGAAUGAGUUUAAGAGCUGUGAAAUGGAAGUCCAUGAGGACAGCAAGCAGUUCACGAG